GGUCGAGUCGGCUCCGUCGACUCAAUGCUAUCUCUUCUCAACCAGAUGCACUCCUCCGCCUGCCCCGUCGACGAGUCCACCUUCCUCAUCUUCCUCGAAACCUACGCCAAAUUUGAACUCCACGCUGAAAUCAACGCCGUCAUCCACCUCAUGGAACGCGACUUCGCCCUCAAACCCCGCACGCGCUUCUACAACGUCGCCCUCAACCUCCUCGUCAAAGCCAACAAGCUCAAGCUCGUCGAAACGCUGCACUCCAAGAUGGUGGCUGACGGCGUCGCGCCUGACGUUUCUACCUUCAACAUCUUGAUUCGGGCCCUCUGCAAGGCUCACCAGCUGCGGCCUGCCAUUCUCAUGCUGGAGGACAUGCCAAACCACGGCCUCAGGCCCGACGAGAAAACGUUCACCACGCUCAUGCAGGGAUUUAUCGAAGAGGGUGACGUGGACGGCGCGUUGAGGAUUAAGGAACUCAUGGUGGAGUCCGGGUGCACGCUAACUACUGUUUCCGUGAAUGUUUUGGUGAAAGGGCUUUGCAGAGAGGGUAGAAUUGAAGAAGCUUUGAGAUUUAUUCAUGAUGAAGAAGGGUUUUCCCCUGACCAGUUUACGUUCAAUGCUUUGGUGAGUGGUUUGUGUAGGACCGGGCAUAUCAAACAGGGUUUGAAGAUGAUGGAUUUUAUGCUUGAGAAAGGGUUUGAUUUGGAUGUUUAUACUUAUAAUUCUUUGAUCUCUGGGUUGUGUAAGUUGGGUGAGAUUAAUGAGGCUGUUGAAAUUCUCAACCAUAUGAUUUCGAGGGAUUGUUCGCCGAAUACCGUGACUUUUAACACACUGAUUAGUACUCUGUGUAAGGAGAAUCAUGUUGAAGCGGCGACCGAGCUUGCCCGUGUUGUUACUGGCAAGGGGUUUUUGCCUGAUGUUUGUACAUUCAAUAGUUUGAUACAGGGUUUGUGUUUGACGAGUAACCGAGAGAUUGCGAUGGAGUUGUUUGGGGAGAUGAAGGAGAAAGGGUGUGAGCCGGAUGAGUUUACGUAUAGUAUAUUGAUUGAGAGUCUGUGUUCUGACAAGAGACUUAAGGAAGCAUUGAAGUUGCUGAAAGAGAUGGAGAAAAGUGGUUGUGCUAGAAAUGUGGUGGUAUAUAAUACUUUGAUUGAUGGUUUGUGCAAGAGCAAUAGGAUUGAGGAGGCAGAGGAUAUUUUUGAUCAGAUGGAGAUGUUGGGUGUAUCCAGAAGUUCUGUGACGUACAACACCCUUAUUAAUGGCCUUUGUAUGAGCAAGAGAGUGGAAGAAGCUGCUCAGCUAAUGGAUCAGCUGAUAAUGGAAGGGUUAAAGCCGGAUAAAUUCACUUAUACUUCAAUGCUUAAGUAUUUCUGCCAACAGGGGGAUAUAAAGAAGGCAGCUGAUAUUGUACAGAAUAUGACUUUGAAUGGGUGUGAACCGGAUAUUGUAACUUAUGGGACCCUUAUUAUGGGGCUGUGUAAGGCGGGAAGAGUAGAGAUUGCAAUUAAGCUCCUUAGAUCUCUUCAAAUGAAAGGUAUGGUCUUGACUCCACAUGCUUAUAACCCUGUGAUUCAAGCACUCUGCAGAAGGAAAAGAACAAGCGAAGCCAUGGGGCUUUUCAGAGAAAUGAUGGAAAAAGGUGAUCCUCCGGAUGCUGUAUCAUACAAGAUUCUUUUCCGUGGCCUCUGUAAUGGUGGAGGACCGAUACAAGAGGCUGUUGAUUUUACGGUUGAAAUGUUGGAGAAAGGAAUAUUACCAGAGUUCCAGUCAUUUGGUUUCUUGGCUGAAGGUCUUUGCUUUUUAUCAAGGGAGGACACCCUUGUCCGACUUAUCAAUAUGGUGAUGGAAAAAGGAAGAUUCUCUCAAUCCGAAACAUCUAUUAUCAUAGGCCUCCUCAGGAUUCAGAAAUUUAAUGAUGCAUCCAAUCUUGGUGCUAUUUUGGAUAGGAAAAAGCCCAGAAGAUUUUGAGUACUGAAAGGCUUUCCUGCAAGUGCACUUGGGUGUUG